GUGGAAGACUGAUACUUGGGACAUCCAAUGGAGGCCUGAGAGGUCAGGGGCGGGGCUAGCUCCAGGGGGGGCCCCAGGAGCCCCAACAGUAGUUCAGAGCAUGCGGUGUCCUGGAAGAAGCUACAAGCGGCUUGAAAUGAGAUGAGAUGUUCCUCCCUCCCCUUUCAACCAUGGACCUCACAUUGUGGCCUUUCUCUUACAGCCUCUGAGAUUGGUACCUAAGCAAGGCACAAUGUCCCUGCCCCCCAUAAGACUGCCCAGCCCCUAUGGCUCUGAUCGGCUGGUACAGCUAGCAGCCAGGCUCCGGCCAGCACUAUGUGAUACACUGAUCACCGUAGGAAGCCAGCAGUUCCCUGCCCACAGCCUGGUGCUAGCAGGUGUCAGCCAGCAGCUGGGCCGCAGGGGCCAGUGGGCUCUGGGAGAAGGCAUCAGCCCUUCUACCUUUGCCCAGCUCCUGCACUUUGUGUAUGGGGAGAGUGUAGAGCUGCAGCCUGGGGAGCUAAGGCCCCUUGAGGAGGCGGCCAGGGCCUUGGGAGUGCAGUCCCUGGAAGAGGCAUGCUGGAGGGCUCGAGCGGACAGGGCUAAAGAGCCAGAUCCAGUCCUGAAGAAACAUCAGGAGGAGCCAGAGAAACCCUCGAGGAAUCCUGACAGAGAACUGGGGGACCCUGGAGAGAAGCAGAAACCAGAGCAGGUUUCUAGAACUGGUGGGAGAGAACAGGAGAUGUUGCACAAACACUUGCCACCAAGAGGCAGCCCGGAGAUGGCAGGAGCAACGCAGGAGGCUCAGUGGGAACAGACCAGGUCAAAGGAGAAACGCCUCCAAGCCCCUGUUGGCCAAAAGGGAGCAGAUGGGAAGAAUGGAGUGCUCAUGUGGUUGAGGGAGAAUCCAGGGGGCUCUGAGGAAAGUCUGCGCGAGCUCCCUGGCCCCCUUCCCCCAGCAGGCUCCCUGCAAAACAGUGUCAUCCCCAGGCCCUCGUGGGCUGAGGCCCCUUGGUUGGUGGGGGGCCAGCCUGCCCUGUGGAGCAUCCUGCUGAUGCCGCCCGGAUAUGGCAUUCCUUUCUACCAUAGCACUCCCACCACUGGAGCCUGGCAGGAGGUCUGGCGGGACCAGAGGAUCCCACUGUCCCUUAAUGCCCCCAAAGGGCUCUGGAGUCAGAACCAGUUGGCCUCCUCCAGCCCCACCCCAGGUUCCCUCCCCAAAGGCCCCGCACAGCUCAGCCCUGGGGAGAUGGAAGAUUCUGAUCAGGGGCACACAGGUGCACUUGCAACCUGUGCGGGUCAUGAGGACAAGGCAGGCUGUUCAUCUCGCCCGCACCCUCCCCCGGCCCCUCCUGCUCGGUCUCGGCCCUAUGCGUGCUCUGUCUGUGGAAAGAGGUUUUCACUCAAGCAUCAAAUGGAGACGCACUACCGAGUCCACACAGCCUCCCCUUCCGACCGCUCUAGGAGAGAAGCCCUUCUCCUGUAGCCUUUGUCCUCAGCGCUCCCGGGACUUCUCGGCCAUGACCAAGCAUCUGCGGACCCACGGGGCCGCUCCGUACCGCUGCCCCCUGUGCGGGGCCGGCUGUCCCAGCGUGGCCUCCAUGCAGGCGCACAUGCGCGGUCACUCGCCCAGCCAACUCCCGCCAGGAUGGACCAUCCGCUCCACCUUCCUCUACUCCUCCUCGAGGCCGUCUCGGCCCUCGACCUCUCCCUGUUGUCCUUCUUCCUCCACCACCUGACGGGGUGUCGGUAGCGUCUUAGCUAAGAGUCCAAUUAAAGAACGAAAAGCGGGUAGGCUCGGCUUCUGACCUGGCACCGCUGCUACGGCGGCCUAGCAAAUUCUGCCCCAGAGAGGGCACCGAGUGCCCUCUCCUGGACGAUCGCGGGUCGCAGAAGCCCAGGCCAGCGAGUCCUACAGGGUGAGGACACUGAAGUGUGCAGGAGCGAAGGUUAACAGUAGGGGGGAUUGUCGAUCUCAUCACCAUAAUAAAGAGUUUCCUGUGCUCUCCCUUCA